AGACUAUAAGCAGAAGAGGCUCGUGAAGCGGCGUGUGUGGGUGCCGCGCUUGAGACGGUGUGUGGAGCGGGGGGCGCGUGAACGCGCAGCAGAGCAGCAGGUCUGCGCGUGGAAAGCGGAGCGGCUGCGCGGCGCUCUGUAAUUACCGAGCGCUUUAUUAAUACCCGCUACUUCGGCUGCAGUCGCUAAAAAUGCGCCGGGACCGCAGCAUCCUGCUCGCCGUUUGCGGACUGAUCAUCACGGCUGUCGGAUGCCAGGGCGUCAGAGUUUUAAGCGGUCAGACGGUGUGCCUCGCCGGUCCAGCAGAGCCCUGUUACAAGCUUGCGUACUUCCGUGACAUGACGAGCCGCGUAGCCUUCAUAGAGGCGCAACGCGCAUGCGAGAUGGAUGGGGGCACCUUGCUGAGUGUGGAGAGUGGGGCAGAGCAGAGGCUCAUCGAGCACCUCCUCCAGGAGCUCAGCAACACCUCCUCCGGGUCCGCCUUAGGGCCGGGGGCAGUGGAUGGAGACUUCUGGAUUGGGCUGACACGGACAGAAGGGGAGCCCCAGGACCAUGGGAGUUUUGCAUCAUGCCCGGACCUGUACCGCUGGACAGACGGGAGCACUGCUACAUUCAGGAACUGGUACUAUGAUGAGCCGUCGUGUGGCGGGGAGGCCUGUGUGGUCAUGUACCACCAGCCCAAUGCUCUCAGUGGCCUGGGGGGGCCAUACUUGUACCAGUGGAAUGACGACCGAUGUAACAUGAAGCACAACUUCAUAUGCAAGUACAAGCCAGACAAUGAGCAGGACAAGAAGUUCUCAGCAAAGCCAGGACCAUCAGAGCCAGACCUCUCUAAUAAGGAGCCGGACGUGAAGGAGGAGACCCUAGUCCCGCCUCACGUGAUAGCUACAGGCCCCUCGGGCCUCCUCCUGGUUUACGUCAUCAUCCCCACCAUCCCGCUGCUCCUCCUCAUCCUGGUGGCUUCUGGCACCUGCUGCUUCCAGAUGCUCAGCAAGAGCAAGCCACGGGCCAAAACCAGUGUGAAACAGCCCACGCUCUGGAUCUCCAAGACGCCCAAAACAGACAGCGGCAUGGAGGUGUGAAGUCCUGCACCACAGAAUGCCCCGCAUUACCACCCACCCCACCCACCCCCACUGCUACUCUUUACGUUGUUGUUACGUUCUGUUGAUGUUAAUUGCUGAGAUCGCCCCCUGGUGGUCUGAACAGUACAGCACCUGGCAGCUGCCCCUCCCUCACAAACCCACCUGCCUCCUCGCUUACCUCAUGCUUAUCCUAUAGCAGUGACUUCCCCAGCUAUUUCUUCAGCUGGACGGAGCCCCAGGCACAUUCAGUGCUGACCCCCACUGCCCCUCGCCUGCUGUAGAGCAUGACUGUGGAUACCAGGGUAGUCAAAGAGGGCAGCAGAACAGUGAGAUUAAUGCUGCGUAAUUAAGUGUUUGGGGGAAUUAAAAGUGGCCUCAACUCUGUGUCAGAGAGAUUCUGAACACACAAGACUUUGAGGGGCUUUGAAGCAGCAGCAGAGAGGGGUGGCAGGCAGAUUCCCGGCAUUCCAACAGCCUGUAUCCCCCCCGCUAGAUGGAAGUGGUGUGAUCUGUGUGUUGCUGAAAAGGUGGAGAUUGGCGUGUUUUGUAUCCAUGUUUGCUGUGGAAAUGUGAACCUCCCACAGCAGAUAAAUGCUUGUUUAACACCGUUUCCAGAUUCAUGUAAGUGAAAAUGUUCUGCCCAUGUAUUGUCAUGUGAAGAAGAUACCAAUUAAAGUCUUUA